AUGUUGGACUUUCCACAUGAACUUUUAUCAUGUGGACAUUUUAUCUUAGAAGCUAAAAGGGUUAUCCUCAACGAACAAUUAGAUAAAAUAGCAAACAUGACUCUAUCAGACGACCACACACCUCAGCAUACUGAUGGAAUGCUAUGCGGCUAUCCAGAAAUUGCUAACGAAGCUGAACCUGAAAUACUUUCUGAAGUAGACGACUUUAUGAAGGAUGAUACUGAUAUUCAAUUUGAAAGCCACCCAAACAAUUCACAUCCAAAUCUGGAGCUGAAUAAAAUAGAAACUGCAGAAAAACUAGACGAUUUUAUCACCAAUUUAAAAAGUCAUCAACAUGAAUCAAGAAAAAAAUCUUCAAUAAUCAUUAAGAAAACAUUAAUUAAAAACUAUGAAAAUUCAGAAUCGUUCAAAAACAGAUUUAAAAGUCAAAAAGCCAUUAUCGACUUGCAACGAUCGAAAAUUGAUGAACAGACAAAAAUAAUCAACGAGCUUAAAUUAGGUAUAAUUCGUGAAGAUCUAAUAAAAUCUAUUGAAAAUACUAAAAUUAAUAUAAGGGAAAUAUUCAGUAACUGCUCUGGAAAAUUAUUAGCUCAAGCACCUAUGAUACAAGCUGUAGAAGAACGAAAAAAAAUGAUGAUAACUUCACAGAAAGUACCCAAAACUUAUCAAAAGAUGCACCAAAGGGCUAUUGAGAGAGCUAAUUACCGAGAAAUAAUAUUAGAGAGGAAGAGAUUGAUAGAAGAAACAAGGCAAAAAUUGCUAGAGGAGGCUAUAGAGAAGAAAAAAGUUUUAGAAGAAGAAGAAAGAAAACGAAACUUGGAAAUCAUUAGCGAACAACGAAAGAAGGAGCGACACUUGCAAAAAAUGCGCCGAGAAAAAACACAGGAAUAUGAAAGAAAAUUUUUAUUAGCGACUAAUUUUCAUAAAAAACUAUUGAUGCAGCAAAGUUUCAAAAAAGUGCUAAUAAAUUUUUUGAAAUCGAAAGAAAAUCAUUCUCUAGCAACCGAAUAUUACCGGCGCAAGCAAAAAUAUCGAAUAUUUAAAACCUGGUGGGGACACGUUGAAGCAAAAUAUAAAAUCAAAGAAGACACAGCAGAUGCUCAUUGCGAAUUUAGGAUUCUCAAAAGAGCAUUUGAGAAAUUUAAAGAGUUCAAAUUGGAUUGCAAACUAGAAAUGCAAGUAGCAGAAGACUAUUAUGACAUGUGGCUAACAAUCCAUACAUUUAAUCGGUGGCACAGAUAUGCUUGUAAGCAGAUUAUGUUGGAACGCAACAAAAUUGAAAUAGCGAAAAAACAUUACAUAAGGAGACUCCUAUUUCAAUUUUUUUUCCAAUGGCGAACUUUACCAGCAGUGCUGCAAUUGGAAAAAGCUAAAAAUGAAAAGAAACGAAAAUGGAGAGAAAAAGUUUGGGAAAUCUUACCGGAUUAUCAUCCUCCUGAAGAUGUGUGAAGAUGUUCCCUUUUUGUGUAUUUUUUAAUAAAACAAUUGCAUUUUUUCUAAAGUAUUUUUAUCAAACUAAUAAAAUGUGUUUACAAUUUAUUGGAAAAAGUUUUCAUAUUUAAGUGUGACACAGUUAAUAACAGUCCGAGUAACGAUCUAAAGUUCUGGAUAAUAAUAAUAAUAAUCAUAAUAAUAAUAAUAAUAUAAAAAUAAAUUCAGACAACAGGAGUUCAAAAUUGCAAUCACCUCCAUCUGCUUUUCAACCUCCAUCACAUCACCUUGCAGGAGGCAUAACUUGGUAUCAAAGACCUCCUUGCAAUGUCCAUGAGCAUUUUCUGCUCAUCUUUUGUGUUGCCACCUUUGCCUCGAUAUUAACCAGCUCUCUUUGCCUCCUCAAGGGGUUCUUUUCGUUUCCGGCAUGGUUUUCUCAUCGAGGUUGACAUUUUUUUAAACUUGAAUCACAUACUGAUCCCAAUGAUCCCUCACCUCAGGUAACUCCUGCCUAAUAUUCCCCCACAAUCCCACAUCGAGUGUCCUGAAGAGGCAGUUGCCAUCCCCCUGAAUCCAAGGGUAUCUGCUUGCUAAAUUGCCUAGAGGGUUGUCGCUUCUGCUGUUUUGUUUGGAAUAGAUAGAUAAGUGAAUGGAUGGGUCAAUGUCAAUGAUUAAACUUGUACUUUCCAAAUGCUUUCCAACUAUAUCGAAUAUCGAGGUAUUCAGCCAUUUUCUU